AACCGCCUUUUGUUUAUCGUUUGAUUUAGAUGCAUCUUGCCAAGCUUUUUUUUUUCUUAAAAAACAAUACGUCCUUUCAAUACUUUUACUUUUGGUCUACCUAUGCCUUGCCAAGUGGUAAGUAGUAAAAGAAAGCAUACAAAACUUGAAUAGAAUAAAAAAAUAACAGUCAUGCCAAGACAAAGAUACUUUAUGAAAGAGUAAAGAAACUCUUUUUCUUUUCCAUUUAUAGUAAUGUCAUGAUUGAAUUAAGAAAAAAAAAAUUCACAAGUCAAAUAAUGUAUUCUUUUUUUUUAUUAUCGUACUGCCAAGAAAUAUGGCUCUUUUCCAUGUUUUCAAGUAUUCAAAUCAACCAUGAACAUUCCGCCACUUGAAUUGAACAACUUAUCUUCUUCAACACCACCUGUUUCCCCCGAAGAGGAACACAAAAAACGAAAACAUAUAGAAAAUGAACCUCAUUUUGGAAAGAAAAAGUCCAAACUUGAUCUUCAUUCAUUAAAUACGUAUCUUUCAAGUGGAAAACCUGUGAAUGUCAAAGAUGGUCGUUAUGGCCUUAACCUCUUAUGCUGGGCAUGUCAAUGUCGAUCCCUAGAGGCUGUCAAAUGUAUUGUUCAACAAGGCAGUAUUGACAUCAAUCAAAGACAUGGUCCUCAUCAAAUCACAGCACUCCAUAUUGCAGCAGUCGUGAAUUUUACAGCGGGCAUUGAUUAUUUGACUCAGCAUCCUAAUUUAGAUAUCAAUCAAAAGGACCUGUUUGGCUUAACAGCUGCACAUUACGCAGCAAGAUCAGAUCAUAUUGAAGCGACAAGGAUUUUGAUCGAAGCAGGUGCUCGACUUGAUAUGUAUGAUAAAAAGGGAAAAUUGCCUCUUCAUUAUGCUAUACAGAAUGCAAGUGUAGAUCUCAUUCGACUCUUAUUGGUCAAACGAGAAAGAAACAAUCCUACCAUGAUCAACUUGGUUUGGUCUGCAGCUACUUUACAUGACCAUAACGUGAUCCAAGAAACUAUUGUUGUCACAGGCAACAGUCUUAUCUUGAAGGCCUUGUUAGAUGCAGGUGCAUUUAUACCCUUUGAAGUCGGUGGAUGGUGGGAAUCACAUUAUGCCAUCAAGCAACAUCAAAUACUCGAACUCUGUGUUCAAUGGAAUCGGCUUGAAUGCCUUAUAUAUCUUACACAGCAUGAAGCAUUAACCAACGUACCUUCUAAACUGUAUCGACAUCUACUUUACUUGGCUGUCCAACAACGUAAGCUGGCUCUUGUGAAAUACUUGGUAGGACAAGUCAAGGUCAAUCCAUCCUAUGCAAAUGGACAUAAUCCUUCUUUUCUAUAUGCAGCUAAUCAUGGGUUUAUGGAAAUGAUACCCUUCUUAUUGUCCCCUUGUACUUCUCUCGAUUGUAUUCAACAAGCCUUUGUGUUCUCCAGUAGGAUUGGCAAAGCUUCCUCAUUGGCUAAUUUGAUCAAGGCGUAUUGGAAACAAGAUUUCCUCAAGAAACCUGAUAUUCAUACUGCUCUUGAAGCAUUUGACUCUAUUCUUUAUCAAUAAAAUGCUUGUGCAACAACACUGCAUAAAAUCCUCUUUUGUUUUUUCUUUGAA